UCUUUUCCAGCUUAGCCGACUGGCAGACCUUUCUUCGUCGUAGGAGCAGCAGGAUCGGGAGGUAUGGGUCGUGUAAUCAGAGCCCAAAGGAAGGGAGCGGGAAGUAUUUUCCGAUCCCACACCCACAGGAGGAAAGGACCUGCUCGAUUUAGAUCUCUCGACUAUGCCGAGAGAAACGGAUACAUUAAGGGAGUCGUUUCCGAUGUCAUCCACGAUUCAGGACGAGGAGCACCAUUGUGCAGGGUCACAUUUAGACAUGCGUUUCGUUACAAGCACCAGAAGGAGUUGUUCGUCGCUGCAGAGGGUAUGUACUCUGGGCAAUUCGUUUACUGUGGAAAGAAGGCUGCUCUCACCGUCGGAAACGUCUUGCCUUUGAGGUCUGUGCCCGAGGGAGCUGUUAUCUGCAAUGUCGAGCACCGUAUGGGAGACAGGGGUGCCUUUGCUCGCGCUUCUGGUGACUACGCUAUCGUCAUCAGCCACAACCCCGAUAACGGAACAUCUCGCAUUAAGUUACCAUCUGGUGCGAAGAAGAUCGUCCCCAGCGGUUGCCGUGCCAUGAUUGGUCAAGUUGCCGGUGGAGGAAGAACAGAGAAGCCUAUGUUGAAGGCUGGAAACGCCUACCACAAGUACAAGGUGAAGCGUAACUCGUGGCCCAAGGUUAGAGGUGUGGCUAUGAAUCCCGUUGAGCAUCCCCACGGAGGAGGUAACCACCAGCAUAUUGGUCACGCCAGUACUGUCCGACGUGACGCACCACCCGGACAAAAGGUUGGUCUCAUUGCUGCUCGCAGAACCGGUCGUCUGCGAGGACAAGCAGCUACAGCAGCUGCCAAGACAGACAAGACAUAAGUCGAUUUGGUGUAGGUUAGAGAUGCGGAUCACGCGAUGGAGUAACGGAAUCGAAUUGAGUCUCCAAUUGAAAACUGGUAUUACAAUUACAUUUUGCCCAAUCAUGUCAGUACAUAUACAAAUUUUGAGCAUUCCUUGCCUGUGAUGUAACUAUGGUUCACUGUGCAUGUAUGAGUUUCAUGGUACUAUGUCUGGGAGAAUUUACACUCCUG